CAAUGAUGUUGAAAUAUAAAAUACCAUGAAUUAAAAAAUUAACUUUUGAGUACCAACAUCAAGAUAUAGAAAAUUCAGUGUAAGUUGUCACGCAUGUUGUUAUCAACCUCAUACACACACAUAUAAAUUUAUAUAGAAUAUAUAGAAUAUAGAAUCAAGGUGUAGAGGAAUAGACAUGAGUGGGGAAACAUGUAGACGGUAGACAAAUCCCCACUCUUACUAACUCCACUAGGGGUGUUGGUGGUGUUGCUGCUGCUGCUGCUGGUGCCUCCAGAGUCCAGACUUCCAGACUUCCAGUUCCAGUCGCUGGUUCAGUGCUCAGUACUCGAGUCUUGAGUUUUUCAGUCGAUUAGUGUAGUAAGAUGGAUGCUUUAAAACUAUGAGAUCUCUAUGACUUGUAAUUCUUUACAUUAAUAAAUUAAAAAAUUUAAAUCCAGCCAUAACAAUAAUCGUCAACAAUAAAUAAGUCACCAUAAACAAUUGUUUUAUUAAAACAAAGUGUAUUACAUGAGUUUUUAGUGAUUAAAAUAAUGUGGAUAAGUUAUGAGAAUAACAUCUGCCAGUGAGUUUUUAAAUCACGGCUACAAUGGUGGAUAACAAUUGUAUUAUUGAGGGAAAUGUCAAAUUUCGCGAUGGAAAAAAAUGGAAAUCACGAUGGUGCGUUAUGCGGAAAUUGUCUCCAGUGGCAGAUUGUUUACACCUGCAACUUUAUGGAGACAGCAAAGACAGAUACAAGCAAGGACAAACAAAAGCAUCCUUGAGUUUACAACAUUUUUUAGGAAUAGAAAGUGGAUUUACUCUUGAUAAAGAGUCUAAUACAAUAGCAAUUAUUUGUCAAGAUUUGAUAGUUGUGCUUGCUUUUGAUACCAGAGAGCGUUUGAUACAAUGGCAGGUCAAGAUUUCAAAUAAUUUGGGCGAAGAUCAACAAUUUUUGAUAAUAAUAUCAUCAGCACCCUCAAAAGCCAAAGUAUCUAACGGACCAGCCCACUUACACAUUCAAGACCGUCGGUUCUGUUUGACAAUCGGUGUGCCGCCACGGCUGGUUGGCGUUUGGGAACUGGCGCAUCUACGCCGUUACGGUGUCGUCGAGGGACGUUUCUGUUUCGAGGGUGGCUCACGGUGCGGCCGUGGUGAAGGUCUGCACGUGCUAAUAACAGAUCAGGGUGAGGAUAUAGUACGUACACUACAACUGGCAGCCGAGGGUAAAUUGGCAACACGUAAACGCCCUCUGAAUUCACAAUUAUCGUUGCAAGACAGUCCGACGCGACGUCAAUUCAUCCGUUCAGACACACGUGCCAGUGAUUUUUUUCCCUCAAAUAUUUCUUACACAUCAUCUGUGACGUACAAAGAUCAUGAGGGCACAAAAACUGAAACAACAUCACCCUGCUGGUCUUCUACUGAAAGUAGACAUGUUGAAUUAGACGCCGUUGAUUACAGUAUUAACAGCUGCCGUGAUGCCGUUGGAUCAACUCAGGAACUAGCGGAUCACCAUCAUCACAAUCAAAAUAAUCAUUAUCAUUAUAAUCAUCAUAAUCAUCAGCAGCAGCAACAAAAUCAACAACAGAGUAACCAAAUGACAGAGUGGAGAAAUGGUUCUCUACCACGACAAAAUUCAUCUGGUUUAGAGAGAUGCGCCAGCUGCAUAAGUAAAUUAGGCGCAAUAUCUAAAAGUUCUGUUGUAACAUUAACUAAUACUACAAAUAACACGACCUCUACUAUCACAAAUACGACCAGCAGUAGUACCAUAUUAAACCAUACAAACACAACUUCUAGUCCUCCUGCUUCUGGCGGUAAUAAUAAUCUUAAUCUAAAUAAUAAUACCACGUGCCAUUCACAACAGCCACGCGCCUUCGACAGAUUAUCCUUAUCAUCUUACAGCAGCUCGAGCCAUGACAGUGAUUAUUCUGGUUCACAGAAUGCCGACUCGGUCUGUUUAUCAUCUUCGAAAAAUUCUCCUUGUUUACCAUCAAAAGACUCGAGUUGUUUGCAAGUUAAAAAUUCACCCGAUCAACUUGAUCAACCUCAUCAACUUGAUCAACCUCAACAAAUUAAAGAAAAACAAAUUAAUCAGUCACAACAAGAGUCUCAGAAAAUAUGUUCAUCACCAAGCCCGACGGGUCUGCCACCGCGACCACUAAAACCACCCGCAAAAAGUAAAAAACCUCCUAUGCCACUGCCAAAUGAACGGUGUACGUGUAAACAAAAAUCUGGCGUGUCAACACGUACUAAAUCGAGUCCUUACGACAACUACGACAUUCCAAAGACUAUUUUAGCUCACCAUAUGUCGUUAGAACCAGCGACAAAUCAAGGAGAUCAGUACUACGAUACACCACGUAAAAUAAAAGAAUGUCUGGCAUUACCAAAAAAUUAUCCAAAUUAUGAUACACCUCAUUCAGCACCACAAGCAGUUAUGUUACAACACUGCGGAUGUCCUGCUAAAUUACAAACAUCAACAUCUUCAUCUACAUCAUCAACAUCUACAUCAUCAUCUUUAUCAUCAUCAAGAAUUGGUUGUCCUUGUCACAAUGUAAUGAGCUGGGCUGGAUUUGUUUUACCUUAUUGUCGACGUGGAGCUGGUAUUGAACCAACUGGAGUUUCUGUGCAUCCAAUUAAAUUGUCAGGUGAAGGUAAAAUGCCAGUUGUCAAUGCCAAUGGUGAAUUGGCUAUUUAUCCAAGUGGUUUAAAAAAUAAUAAAUCUGAUGAUUUUUCAAUUAUUUCUAGUAUUAGUACUAGUACUAGUAUUAAUAAUAUACAAACAUCAUCAGAGAAAGCUAAUAAUUAUGAAAAUAUUGAACCAAUUGUUAUUGAUACACAGCCAGAAUCAAAACGUAAUUACGUAAAUAUCGAUUUUACCGAGUCGCUUGAGUAUUACGAAAAUAGCCGGGAUCUGAUUGCUAGAACGGGAAUUUCACAAGAGGAAAUUGCUAAAAUAGCUGAGGGUUUUAAAGACACAACUAAUAAUGAAGAUGAAAUAAUUAAUGACUCUAUUAAUAAUAAACCAGAUAAUUCAGAUCAGAAUGAAAAUGAUGAUAAUAAUAAAUUGGAACAAGUUAUUGAGGAUAAAGUAUGUAAUAAAUGUGGGCAUGUAAAAGAUAAUAAUAGUAUGAAUUAUUUAAUAAUGAAUCCAGAUAAUAGUAAUAAACAAUUUAAAAAAUCAUUUCCUGGUUAUUUACCAAUGCAACCGUCUGCACAUAAUGCUUGUUCUAAAGAAGUUAUCUCUCGUAUUUGUGGAACUAAAAGCUCUAGUAAUCCAGCAUUAUUUGCUUCAUCCUCAUCUUCAUUAUCUUCCUCAUUUAUUGAAGUUGGAAGAAAACGAUCUGAUUCAGAAUUACGUAUUCCCGGAUCAGCAAUGUUAUCAAGUCCAUACUUACGUCGACGUUUAAUCGAUCCAUUACAAUUACCGUAUAAUCAACAACCACAUCAACAACAACAACAACAACAACACGGUGAAACAAGUAGUUUAGAGAUGUUGUGGAGAAAGCGAUCUUAUUCUGCUGAGUCAUCUCACUAUUUAGAAGAUUCUAGUCCAAGUCUUGGAUUUUCAUCGUCAACAAUACACAAGUGUCCAAGCGAAAGUAGUGAAAAAUCACUUAUAAUAAAUAAUAAUCUUACUAAAGAUCAGACAAUGAUGAUAGCUUGUUCAGAUUUAAAAGUUAAUCGUGAGUGCGAUGAAUCUAUCAAUGGACAAGCAUUUUCGUCUAUUAAAAUACGUCGAUCUUCAUCAGUGCCAUCUAAAACUGGACAUAAUCGCGAUUCAUCAAGUAGCAAUGAUUCGGGAGUAUCAACUGGUUCAUUGAGUCAUCGAAAUACUGAAUUUGUUGAGUUUGAAUUCACUUGUACUCCAGUUAGUUUGUCCUCGAGAAAACAAAAUAUUCUUUCAGUUUGCCGUAAAAGCCCACCGCCAAUUUGUUAUCACGGAAGUUUGCCAAGAAAAUCAAAGUCCAGUGAUCCAUUGAGAGAAUUGUCCUUUCAAUUUCAAAAAAUUAAAAUACCAACAAAAUCAUCUUCCGCGGAAGGUGACAUACCAGCUUGUGGACCCAAAGGAAGUAACAAAGGAUACAGCAGUCCUGGUGAAAAUUCAAGUACUCCUUAUAUUGAUUCAAGAAGUACCAGUAGUGGGACUUCAGAUAUGUCUGAUUACAUUGAAACCCUAUCGCUCUCUUCACACUCAUCUUCUGAUACUCCUGAUAGUCUGAGACUUGGUGGCAGAGCUGUGACAACAACACUGCGUCCGCGGAGCGGCAAAGAGUAUUAUAAAAUAGACAGAAGCAUUUUAGCGGAACAAGGUCGUAAUUCAGUAACAUCGGGAUCCAGUUAUGCAAACAUAACACCAGUUUUAGAGAAAAGCGAAUCACCCUCCCCGGGUUACAUCAGUAGUUCGCCAUUUGAACAGCCGGCACCCUCACGGGAACAUUUUAUUUUCUCCGAGGAAGCUUGAAGCAUUAUUAAUUGAAAUUGAAAAGUAAGCUACGACUACUGUGUUUACGACUAUUUAUACUAUACGCGGAUAUUCUGUUGAUUACUGACAUAUUUAUUGAAACAUCUAUUGUUAAAUUUUCUACCAAUUAAGCCAAGGUAAUUUAAAACUACUUUAUUCCGACUACAAAAAUGAAUUAUUACAUUUAAUUAUAAUGAAAAAGGAAGAAAAUAAUCUCAUUCGACUGAUACACACGCACAGUAAAGUAAUUAUUAUAUAGAUAUGACUCUUUUUGUUCGAGUCUUCCCCAAAUAAAUUAAAUUUUUGUAACUAAAAAUCUUUUAAACUAGAGGGUGCGUAUAGUUAUGAUACAGUCAAUAAUCAAAUACUUCCUACAACGACUUAUUUAUAUAAAUACGCUCAAUAUUUAAAUAUAGUUGUAUAGUUAUGAAUCCUGCCCUAGAGUUUAAAAAAUCUACGUGUGUAUUUACAUACUUUUUACUUUUAAUUAUUUAUUAUUUUUUUACAGUUUUAUUUAUCAGUUAAUAUUAGUUUUACAGUAGUUUUUAUACAAAACACUUGAAAUAUUUUCGUCCAAAUUUUGAAAAAAUGUCUAAAUAAAAUGACAAAUAAAUAAUUGUCCUUUUGUAAAAGGAAAAUAUUUUUUAAACGGUUGUUUAAAACACCAACGUUAUAAAUAUUGUAGAAACGGUAAUUAAUUUUAAAAUUACUCGUUUCGAAUUAUGAAAGUUUUUUUUACGCGAUAAAAAUUAUAAAUAUAAUUUAUACUCACAGGGUUCACGUACUUGAAAAAAAAUUUUUUAGUCCAUAAAAAAAAGGAAUAGCCGAUUAGUGAUAUUUAAAUUAAAAAUUCACUAAAAUGAAAAUGAAUUUUCGUGAUUUAAAACAAACGAAAGUAGCAAAUUGCUAACUGAAACAAACAUUAUCAAUUAAAUGGUUUGCCAUUAAAAAUUAAAAAUAAAACAAAUUUAUUAAUGCAUUAAAUGCGUUGAUAAAUUUAAAAAAAAAA